GUGCCGGCUUUCAAAAUCGUCCAGGUCCGCCGUCUUCCGAAAGACUCGCUCUUGCCGGGGGAAGCUAAAAAGGUCUUCAGUUUAGUUUCUUUUUGCAUCGUAGAGAGGCCUUUCAUCGAAGAAGCAUCGGAUAUAGCGAGUUUGAAGUCGUCGCGGCGAGCUCUCAGCGACAGAGCGAGUUUCUUUGCGCGGAAGCUUGCCACACCCCCAUCGAAGACGCCA